AUGAACUUCACCAAAAAGUUCGACCGUGCCUUCCAAUGGGCCGGCGAGAAGAUGGGCCAGGAGGCCAAGACAUGCCAUACAGACGACUUCAAGGCGUUGGAGACCGAAAUGGCUCUCCGGCACGAGGGAAUGGAGCGCCUGCAAAAGUCAAUGAACACAUAUGUCAAGCACUUGUCCCGCCGCUGCGACUCGUUCGAGGACAAGGAGAAGGGCUUGCCUGUCAGCUUUCUUGGCCGGACCAUGAUCGCUCACGGCGAGGACUUCGAGCCCAAUUCGGAGUUUGGAAACUGCCUCAUCGCUCUUGGCACUGCCAAUGAACGCAUCUCGGGCAUCCAGGAAGGCUACGUUGCUAACGCCACGUCGUACUGGCUCGAGUCCACGGAGCGGUCUCUAGCCAUGAUGAAGGAAUACCAGAACGCCCGCAAGAAGCUGGAGAACCGCCGCCUCACUUACGAUGCCAACACGAUCAAGAUCCAGAAGGCCAAGCGCGAGGAUUUCCGCCUCGAGGAGGAGCUCCGCGCAUCCAGAGCCAAGUACGAAGAAUCGAGCGAGGAUGUGUAUCGCAGAAUGCAAGACAUCAAAGAAGCCGAGGCGGAGAGCACACAGGAUCUGACCAGCUUGCUCGAUGCACAGCUCGAGUACUACGAGCGUUGUGCCGAGGAGCUACGCCGUGUCCGUCGCGAUUGGGUCGGAGGGCAAGGCCACAUCUCUAGCGGCGGUCCGAGGUCUCCAGACCACGGCUCGCGCCGCGCCACUCGGAGCAGGAGCAACACGGCGCACUCAAUCUCGGAGCGCAACGACCGCACAGAGCGCUGGGCUACGCGUCAGGACAUCCACGAGGAGCCCGAGCCCAGGGACGAGCCCGAGCCCCGCCUGCCCAUCCGUUCUGGCCGCAUCACAAGCAACGGCUCUGCCUCGUCUGAGACCAGCAGCCGCCCGACAAUCACUCGUGCUAACACGUACGGGGGCACAUUUGAGGGUCCUGCCAGCCGCCAAGGUUACCGCGAGCCUCCGCCGCCCCCAAUGCCUCAGAAUGGACUGCUGCGCGUCAAGUCUGCCACGCAGCAACCGCCGCCGCCAAAUGUCAGCACUCUGCGCAACAACCUGAGACCUGUGAGCCGCGUGUCGACCAACCAGAGCAGCGACGUGUUUGCGGACGACUAUGACACGGGCACGAGCACUGGAAGCCCCGACUACGACCGUAGCGAGAGCCCAGCUACCAGCUACGGCAGCUUGAGUCGGACCACGAGCAACACUGGUCUUGCGUCAUCCGGUGUUCUGGCCAAGAAGGCCCCGCCACCGCCGCCCAGCCGAUCGAAGAAGCCCGCGCCACCCAUUCCUGCCCGCAGGGCCGAUUCGGCGUACUAG